AUGAAUGUUUGUACACCAAAUAUAUCAUGGCAUGGUUGCGACCCUGUUUAUUCAUGCGCAAUAAAUCCACUAGACUCGAAACGUUUAGUUACAGCUGGCAUGAGAGGUUCAAUCUAUCUUUGGGAUAUUGAAUGGCCAACAGCUCAACAACCAGCAAUUACAUUUGUAUCAUCGCUUACAGGCGCUCAUUUAGAAUCAGUAAAUUGUGUUCGAUGGAAUUCUAAAGGAACACAUCUAGCGAGUGGUAGCGAUGAUAGUAAUAUUUUCAUAUGGACAAAAGCACCAACAAUAACAGCGGAUUCAAAUGUAACUGUAUUGUCGAAACCAAAUCAAACAGGAACAACAGCAGCAACAACAACCAGCAGUGAAAAUGAUAACAUGCUCGGCUGGGAUAAAGAUAUACCAGAAUCAAAAGAACGUUGGCUUAAAAGUUUACCAUAUAAAUGUCAUUUAGAACCUGUAUUGGAUUUAGCAUGGUCAAGAGAUGAUCAAUUACUUGUUAGUGGUUCAGUGGAUAAAAAAGUUAUUGUCUGGAAUGUAGCUAAACGUGAAAAAAUCUCACUUAUUGAUGAUCCAAAAGGUUUCGUGCAAGGUGUUGCUAUUCAUCCAUGGCGUAAACAUAUCGCAGCAAUGAGUACGGAUCGUUCAUUACGUAUCUAUUCAAUGAAACCUGAAAGUGGUUCAAUAUCUCGAUGUGUAUAUAAUAUUCGUAAGAUAAAACCAGCAAAUUUAAAACAAGAAAAUGGUGCAUUGAUGUUCAUUGAUGAAACGUCAUUAACAUUUUUUCGACGUUGCUCUUAUUUGCCUGAUGGUAGUCAAUUGAUUGUUUCAGCUGGAUGUUUAGAUAAAGCAUUUUUAAACGCCUACAACAAUGAGGAAAAUAUUGAAGAAAAAGAUACAUUGAAUAAUCAACAGAAUGAAUUCGACGAACAAGACAUUCAAAUUGUGCAAGAUGGUGGCGUUAAUGAAGAAAAAUUUGGAACGACAGCAAUACCUGCUAAAUUAAUCGAUGUCAAUUGUGCUUACGUAUUUGCAACAUCUGGUCCUAAAUUUGAUCGGCCUUUAUCAAUAAUACCUAUUGUGAACGAUCAAGAAGUCAUAGCUAUAUCAGUGUGUCCUUCUCUAUUUCCUUCAACAUCAUCUGUCGCACCAUAUCGAAUGAUAUUUGCAUUGAUAACUAAGACGUCACUGUUCUUCUAUGAUCAUUUGUCAUUAGAACCCUUUGCAUAUGCACGUCGCAUUCAUUUAUUAUCUCUUACUGAUGGUCGUUGGUCGCAUGAUGGCCGACUUUUUAUUGCAUCAUCAGAAGAUGGUUAUUUGACAUUUGUUACUUUCACUGACCAAUGUCUUGGUGGGCCAUGUUUACCUAAUUCAGAUAAAAUCCUAGAUGAUAUGAUGAAUAAUGCAUUGGCACCACCAACAACAACAAAUGUAACGGCAACAACGACGACAGCAACUUCAACAACAGUCGCAUCAUCAUCGUCAUCAAUAAUAACAUCACUGCAACCAAAGAAAAAAUGA